UUCGUUCCUUAACUUCUUACACUCUAAGUAGGCCGAGCCGCAUCUAGGUCGUGUCUCCUGGGUGACCUCCUACUCACUUUUUAGCUACUUGGUUAUCAGAUAUUUGUGCAUUUAAACCGCCGGCGGAGUUUCGGACCAGGACGCUCAAAUCUCCCUUAAAUCGCACACCUUUUCGAACGAGAAAAGGAAUCAUUAAUUUUCAAAAAGUUUUUUCAUAAAAAGACGCUGCCUCCCCAUCAUUUUCAAAGGCUAUGGCGAAAAAAAAAAAGAAUGGAAAAAUCCCCGUUAAAAAGUGGGCGUCUUGAUUCGAAAUUCCGCCAAGAAUUUUACAAAUAUUUUCCAGACGGUGUAGAUUACGAUUAUAUCGGAAUUUAAGCUUACGUAGACAAGGGUCACUCCUGCCCCAACGAAUUUGUGUUCUCGUAACGUUCAGAAAAAUGGACAUUUUUAAUGAAUUUAUUUUACAAAUAUGCUUCAGAUGGUGCAGAUACUGGUUAUAAAGGAAUUUGUUACAAAUUUUUUUUCCAAGGUUGAAGAGGGGAGUUUCUGAAAAUUCUCAAAAUCCGUCUUUGUUUCCUUGUAACUUUCAGAAAAAUGGGUAUUUUUUCAUGAAAUUUUCUGCAAAUACCUUUCAGAUCGCAAUUGAAUAUGAAAAAGAAAAAAGAAAGAAAAAUUUGAUGUGCUCGCACACAUACAUACUGACACAAAUCACAAUUUUUUUUUGAAAUUUCAAGUUUCAUUUCGUGAUGUGUGUCAGUAUGUAUGUAUGCCAGCCCACCAGUUUUUUUUUUUUCAAAUUAAAUUCUGAAGCAUAUUUAUCGAAAUUUCAUUUAAAAACAGUCAUUUUCUGGAAGUUAUGAGGAAACAAAGUCAGGAGGUGCACACUUGUAUAGGUAUGCUAGAAUUUAAUGUGAAAGAAGUUGGAAAAACGGGCAGAUAUUUCAUGGAUCACGAUUUUGUUUCUUCAUGUGUUUUAAUGGCGUAGACUACAACUAUAUUGAAAAAAAAAAAAAAAAAAGAAACUUUCGAGGUCUAUUCAACCAUUUGCCUUCUGGAAUUUGUGAAAUGAAUAUUUUCUAAUAAAAUCCUGGUUAGACAAGUACUUGAACAUCAUCUUAGACAACAUUCUGAUGGGUGACACUACCAGGAAGAUAAGAACCAUGACACAAAUGGUAUACCAGAUCAUGGAGAUCAUAGAAUUCUGCUUCUUGGCAAUGACUUAUUUAAUAAGCAGAAGUAAUAGCUAUGAAAUAAUUCCAGAUGGAACAGCUUGGCUAGGAGAAAACAUCACUCUUCGUAUUUCAGAUAUUCCAAAUAUGAAAAGACCUGUUGUUUGGCAAAGCAAAAAUUAUAAAUAUGAAUGUGAUAGGACAUGUGCUAAUGGGGAUCAUAUAGUUACUCAGGAUGGUAAUGUUUCAACACUUACAAUCAAAAAUAUAUCUUGGGAAUUUUCAAAGUGGUCUUUUAUGGAUGAUAAUAUAAGAGGUGCACUCCUUGAACUGGACAUAAAGGUGAAACCAAAGAUUCGGAUCAACGUAAUAAAAGAAUGUGUAUACAACGUAACAGCACAAUGUUCUUUACCUGUGACAUUAAUACAAUGUUUCAUUGGAAAGAAUCCUGCUGCAACCCAAAGAAAUAAAUGUUCUGAUAAAAAAACUAUCACCAACAGUGCUAGAUUAAAUCUUGGUCCUUCAGUUUCUGGACAAGUGAAAUGUAUUUUCACUAUAGAUGAUAUAUUCGAGGAGAAACAAUUUUUUAACUUUACAUGUGAUGCUACACCAAAACCAAUAGCUGGUAAUGAUACUCCAUCAGGAUUUUACAUAUUCAGAUCAUGCAAAAGCCUUCUCCUGGGGAUCAUAAUUGCUGACAACUUGUUCAAGAAUUAAAAAGUAGCAGGAAGAAUCUAA